AAUUCACCACCACCAAGAACAACCACAAACAAACAAAACAAAAAAAAAAAAAAUAGAGGAAGAAAGAGUAGUAGCAUUAGAAGCAAAGGAAAGGAGUUAUUAGGGUUUUAAAUUAAAAAUAAAAUGGCAGGUAUCCUCCAAUCUGUUAAUUCUUCUUCAUCGUUGUUCAUUCCGCCCGCCACCACUAGUUGUUCAACCCGCCUCAUGCUUCUUACCUCAUCCAACCUCCUUCACUUCUCCUCCAAUUCACCUCGUCAUUCCCGCCGCUUCUCAUCAAUCGUCGCAACCGUCUCAUCUACUCCUACUGCUCCGACACCAGAGAAAGCAAUUACUCCUGAAAAAACAGCCAAAUGGUCGUUUAGGUUCAUAAAAUCGUUUGCGAUGGGUGAGUUGGAAGCUAGGAAGUUGAAGUUUAAUAAUACCGGAACCGAGUCUCUGCUGAUGGGCAUUUUGGUUGAGGGAACUAGUUUGGCUGCUAAGUUAUUAAGAGAAAGUGGUGUAACUCUUUUCAAAGUGCGAGAAGAAACUGUAAAAAUACUUGGAAAAUCGGACAUGUAUAUUUUCAGCCCAGAGCACCCACCAUUGACUGAACCAGCUCAAAAGGCCAUUGAUUGGGCAAUUAAUGAGAAAUUAAAGUCAGGGGAAAUGGGAGAAGUGACAACAUCCCACUUGCUUCUGGGAAUCUGGGCACAAAAGGAAUCAGCUGGUUACAAGAUAAUGGCUACACUUGGUUUUAAUGAUGAUAAAGCUAACGAGCUUGCCAAAUCAAUGGACAAGGAAAUUAUUUUGAGCUACAAGAGGGGGCUUUAGAACGAUAUACAUUUUCCUGCUUCACCGCUCUGGUUGUUGGCUGCUCAGGAUGGCUUGUUGACAGAUUAAGCCGUGAACAAAGUGAAGUUAUUAAUUAAAGAGACCAAAGUCUGCAAACCUUAUACAUGUGGCCGUAUGUUCUUAAGCAUGACCAUGGUAUUCCUUUCUAGUGCAAUUUAGUUUGUGUUGUAAAAGGAAAAAGAAAACUCUAAAGGAUGGUCAUUCAAUUUGUUAGGAUAAAAACUAUCCUUUUUAUUUUGCCGACCCAAGUUUGUAACAAGUUCAUUUCAAAUUUGUAUGACCUCAUCUUUGGGCCCUGGCCACUAGUCUUUUAUGAUGAUGGCCGAACACUUUUUAUCAA